AUGAAGACUAUUUACCUUCUCCUUACGGCUCUAGCCCCAAUUGCUCUUGCUAAAGCCCCUCUCAUAAAUAGGGAUAUUUCUGAUGCCAUUGUCGAUAACUAUAUCGUAGUUAUGAAAAAGGCGGAUUCGAAGACUCUUCAAGCACACUAUCGGAAAAUACACACUGCUUCUCAACGUGCCAAUGAUGAAAAUCAAGGAGUUGUGAGGACUUACCAAGUUCACGGAUUCAAUGGUUACCACAUCGAGUGUGAUAACGCGACCCUUGAUGAUAUUCGAAAGAAUUCCGCUGAUUCUGACAAGCGCAAGGUCAAAUACGUUGCACGGGAUAGUCGAGUGAUAGCACAAAGUGUCAUUCCCAACAUUCGAAAGUCAGGCCCGACAGCGAACACGUGGGGCUUAGGCCGAAUCUCCCAUCGUAAUUCUGGCAUCUCGAAUUACGUUGACGAUAACAAUGCCCCAACUUUUGCCUAUAUGUUAGAUACAGGAAUCCGUGUGACCCACCAGGAAUUUGGAGGUCGCGCGAUAUGGGGCCAGAAUUUCAUCAGCGGAUCUCAGAAUGUUGACGAUAACGGGCAUGGAACUCAUACGGCCGCUACAGUAGGCGGUAACACUGUCGGAGUCGACAAUAGUACCAUGCUAGUUGCAGUGAAGGUUUUAGAUCAAAACUCAUCCGGAGCCUGGUCCGGAAUGAUUGCCGGGAUACAAUGGGCUGUGAAUGAUGCCCAGUCGCAAGGCAGGAUCACUCGAUCUGUGAUUAACAUGUCGAUAGGAGGUCCUAAAUAUCAGCCUCUGAACGAUUGCGUCAAAAGUGCCGUUGAUGCUGGUAUAACAGUAGUAACAGCAGCCUGCAACUACGGUGUCGAUGCGUGCACGUACAGCCCAGCUUCAGCACCUGAAGCUAUCACAGUAGCAGCCGUGGACGAAUCUGAUAUUCGGCCUAAUUGGUCGAAUUAUGGAGCUUGUGUCAACAUAUUCGGCCCUGGUGAUAACAUCUAUUCGGCCUGGAAAGACAGCGACACAUCAUACCGGACUUUGAGCGGCACUAGUAUGGCAAGUCCUCACGUUGCCGGGCUCGUAACAUAUCUGUUCUCGCGAGAAUUCAUAUCAGGGCAGGAAGAUGUAAAUAAUCGCCUCAUGCAACUUGGAACCCAGGGCAAGGUGCAGAAUGCGAACGGAAGUCCGAAUUUAAUCGCCUUCAACGGCAAUAAAGCUGAGCUUUAA